AUGUCAAAGAAGAAUAGAAAAGCUGAUGAGAAAACUGUUUCCUCCAAUUUCAAACUAAUAAGCACAUCUACAGGAGUUCGUGUUUCACAAGCUUGUGAUAGAUGUCGAAUAAAAAAAAUCAAAUGUGACGGUCAAUCACCUUGUCGUAACUGUCAAAAAGUUAGUGUUGAAUGCAAAACCAGUGACCGAUUAUCGAGAAAGUCGUUCCCCAAGGGGUUCACCCUGUUUUUAGAAGCAAAAGUCAAAGAGUUGGAAGAUGAAAACCGGGAAUUGCGUGAAAAAUUAGGUGACAACAGCAGUGCUUCCAACCACAAUGCUCUUUCGUUUGAGGCAGUAGAAAAUAAACAUCUGAUUAGUACUGCUGACACCAGUAAUAUAACAACAGUAAACACCACUCCAACACCAUCUACAAUUCCCACCACGACAACUACUAGUAAUGAUAAAGUUUUAUUCCAAACAAACAACCAAUCAGUCCCAAUUAAUAAUCCCAUUGAUCAAAUUUUCAAUUUGGACGAUAAAGGUAUAAUUAUAGGCAAUGACAAUUUAAAUUUUGAAUCACAAUUCAAUCAUUUAUUAAUCAAUUUGAAUUUACCAUUCUUGAAAAUAACAAACAGUCACAACUAUUUGCUAGAUGACCCUGAUAGUUAUUUGUAUCAUCCUUCUUACACAAAAAGUAAUAAGUUUCAUAAUCGAGACUUGGAUUUAAUAUAUAAUCCAUUAACUGGAACAAACACUGAAACAGGUUUACGAAACGAAUUACCAACUGAUGUUUAUGAUUUGUUCAUUAAAUUGAUCAACAAUUUCAAGAAAAUAUUCAAAUCCAAAAGAGAAAUGGAUAAUCAAAUUGUAUUGUUCUUUUUGCACUAUAACAUUUUUAUUCCAAUUUUUGAUUAUAAUGAAUUUAUGGAAUCUUAUAAUGCCUUCCAUACCAUGUAUCCGUUUAUUUUUACCUACGACGAUUCCUCGAUCAACGGUUUUAAUUUAUCCAAUUCAAAUGAUUAUCAAAUUGUCAAUAAUUAUUUGAUGACCAUUAUUCAAAUCUAUGCCAUGAUCCUGAUCAACAAUCCAACUCUAAAUUUAAACUUGCUAUUAAAUCAUACAGACCCUCAUUAUUCAAUCAACCGAGACAAAUCAAUAAUCAAGUCACUUUAUGAUUUCUUACCUUAUUUUAAUGGAUUCCACAUUUCAAUUGGUCAAUUACAAACAUAUUUGUUAUUUUUGUAUUACUCAUUGUUAACUAAUAACAAGGAAAAAUCUUUGAUUCUUUCUUCUUUGGUUAAUGCUUUCAUUGGCAUUUUGGGAAUCAAUCUUAAUUCUAAGAAUUUAUUUUUCAAUGAUCUUGCAUUGAAACAGCAACAACGAAGAAAUAGAGUCAAAAUAUUUUGGGUUUUCAAGAUCUUAUUGAAAUGCUUCAAUUUGAAAUUUGGCUUCAAACCAAGUUUAAAUACGACCGUUAUUAAUCCUGUGACCAUUGAUCGGUAUUUCCAAUUAACACCAGAAAAAUUGUCUUCUUUAUUAGAUGACAAUGAUGAUUUAUUCAAUACUCUAUUAAAACCAAGUAUUGAAUUUCUUAAUUUGAUGAAUAUAAUCAUUCCGUCAUCGUUUUCACCAAAUUAUUACCAAUAUCUCAAACAAGAUAGGAAGAAGAAAGAUAAAGACAAAGACAAGGAUAAAGACAAAGACAAAGACAAAGACAAAGACAGAGACUAUCAUCAUCCCCAUCACCACCACCAACAUCACACUACUCCUCAUAGGUUAGAUUUAAUAUUAAAUGAAGAUGACGGUGAAGGUAAUGACGGUAAUUUAAAUUAUAAUUAUCACCAAUUUCUAAUCAUUGAUAAAAAUCUAUCAGCUUGGCGACAAUCAUUACAGAAUAAAAAGACUCAAUUGACACUGUUGAUGGAAUUGGGUUUACCAAACCUAAUAAACAUUGUCGAGAAUGACCUUUACUUUGAUAUGAAUUGUGAUGCAUUGUCACGAGAAGGAUUGAUUAAUUAUUAUCUGACUGGGCUACCUGAUAUCCAUACAGCAUCGCAUCUUAUUAAGUUGCAAUUGAAUUUCCAUUAUAUAUUGAUUAGGUCAACUAAUUACUUGAAUUUUAUUGUUGAUCGAGAAUUAACAUUUGAAUAUUAUAAAGAAAUUUCUUUAUUAUCAAUGGAAGUGUUGCAAUUUUUCUUGCUAAUUUUUGAGCAUGUAAGUAAAGCGGAAGAAAAAAUUAACGAGCCAAAAGUCUCAUCCAAUUCUAUCGUCAUGGAAAGUUUAGGUUUAGAUGUUGAUGAAGAUGGAUUUGUUAUUAAUGACUUUUCAGUGAAACGAAGGAAAGUUGAUUCUCACAACAAGGCUACUAAUCCUUUGAAGAAAUUGGUCAAAGAGAUCCCUAUAUCACCAUUUAAUACUAUGUUAAAUGGAUUAUCAUUGUGCAUCAUAAAUUUGAAGAAAUCCAUAAUAUUGCAAAUGUUGUAUUUGUUAAUUUGUCAAAUGAAGUUUAUUAAGCGGCCACAGGGAUGGGAAAAAAUGGAUGAGACGUUUGAUUUAUUGAAUAGGACGGUUGAUUUGUUCAUUAGACUUUUUAUAAAUUAUAAGCCAGGAGCAUCAAAGAAAAUUCAUGAAGACAAGUUGUUUAAGAAGUUGGUCAAUGAUGAGUUGAAAGACGACAUUUUACGUCAUCAUCAAUAUGGAUCUGAUGAUGAUGAAGAAGAAGAAGACGAAGAUGAUUAUAAUGGUGCUAGGAAGCGACUGCCAGCAUAUUACAAAUCGAUCGAUUGGGAUGACGAAGAUUUGGAUGAAGAUCUCAAAUAUCUAAAAAUUUUGAAAUUUGUAAAGUAUAAAUCUAAUGACAGUUUACAAAAACUACACAAAAAGCAAAAACUCGACAACUAUACUAAUAGUAAUAGCAAUGGUAAUGGUAAUGGUAACGGGAUUCCUCAACCAACUUCUGUUACCCAUCAUCAUCACCUUCAUCUUCAUUCCCAGCCUCAAACUGAAAAUGCAACUGCAACUGAAACUGAAAUUGCGGCACCACAACUACCAAUUCAACAUCCUUCAUCUGUGUCUCCACCGCCUCCAACAUCACUACUGAUACCACCAGCUAUAAUGACAGAUGCAGUAAAUUUGUCAAAUGACUCCAAAAGUAAUUUACCAUUACCGCAAUAUUAUAACCCAUAUCAACCAAUACCACCAAUUUUUGGCAAUGAGGAUAAAGAUCGUGGUGCAGCGCAUGAUUUGAUGAAUCUCAGACGUGGAUCUUCACAAGGUAAAUUGUAUCCACCACCUUCGUCUCAAAGUCCUCAAUACUGA